AUGGUGCUGAUACGGCUGCUCCACCGCCUGCUGAACAACCCUCAGCUGAUAGAGAAGCUGUCCGAGUCCCGGCCCAUCCGCAGGAGCGCCCAGAUCACCGCCUUCGCCAUCACCAAGGCCCAGCUGGCCGGCAAGGACACUGUACAGCGCCUGAUGCGCUCUGACACCGUGCGGCAGGGGGCGUUCGGGGGCCCCGGGGACAUAGCGCGCAGGGUGGCCAGGAUCAAGGACUCGUUUGUGAAGGACGUGAGGGUGGGCCUGGAGGACAUGAAGUCUCAGAUGAGACGGCAGGGGGGCGGCAAGUGA